AUGCAAUAUUCUUCUAUUGAAUAAUGCAUUAAAAGCCUUUAAUAAAAUAGUUUUUUUGAAAAAAAAGAUAGAAUACUCAUUUUAAUAUUUCAUGUUGAAUUAGAUGUUUUCAUGCCAUUCACUGAGAUAAUAAAUAAAAAGCAUUGGAAUUUGAUAAUAAAUUCUAUUCAAAAUAUAGAAAAAACCAUAAUCCAAAAAGAAAAAACAAAAAAAUAAUAAAUCAGUUGGCAAGAAGCUAUUAAUAUGUCCUUUAAUCAUAUUUAUGAAUUGAAGAUAUAAGAUCAUAUAUAUUUAGAAUAAAUAAAAAAUUAAUUAAAUAAAGAUUAUAAAAGCAAUAAAUUAUUAAUAAAUAAUUCUGAAAAAUAUUUUGCUUAAUAUAAAUAAAGUUUAUAAAGGAAAAAAGUAAUAAUAUUAUUUUCAAAAUAAUAAGAAGAAGAAUGUUUAAACAUGAACAAAAUUAGCUUAAAUUUAAAAUUAAUGAAUUAUUAAAAGCCAAUUAUUUAUCAUUUAAAGGAAUAUUCUUUAAAUAAAAAUAAAAAAUCUGAUUAACUUAUUGAUAGUUUUAUUUAUUAAUCUUUCGAAGAUGAUAACUAACUUUUAUCUAAUCUAUUAAAGUUAAGAAAUGAAAAAAAUAUUAAUGAUUACCAGGAAUUUCUAUCUGUCCUUAAUAUUUCUUGA